AUGGAUAGAAACUGCUUGUCGGCGGAGGCCUGCGAUGAAAAAGGAAAAGCGCCAACCACUCAUUUAAUUACACUUCUCGAUCAAGUCGCCUACCGAUUCCCAGAUCAUGAUGCCAUCAUAUCUCACCAUCAGACGGACACUUUGAAUGCGACACGGCCCUUGCACUGGAGCUUUGCUCAAUUGCAGCAGAUGAGCAUUCAACUGGCAGCCCGCUUAUCUUCCAAAGGCGUUGGUCAUGGAAGUCGGAUCGUUACCCUGAUGUUUAACCAGGCCCAGUGGGCCCUUCUUUUCUGUGCAUCUGCCCGCCUGGGCUGUCAGUUUGUGCCACUGGAUCCCCGGGUGCUCGAUCGUGAUGACCAUGAUAUUUUAUCUCUCCUGAACCAGCUAGAACCAGCGGCGAUGUUCGUAUCGACCGAGGCCAUGUCGAACCGAAUUGACCAGAUCAAGUUCUGUCAAAAGCAUCGGUCUUUGGUUCAGUGUGUUGUCGCCGAUGAAGAGACUACUAUGUCGGCCGGGUGGACGACACUGACUAAAAUCAUGUCGGAACCCUUGAAUGGCACUCCUAUUUUGCCUGGGCCCGGGAAGCCAGAUGAUACAGCGCUUAUUUUGUUUACAAGUGGCACCACUGCACUUCCCAAAGGUUGUCCACAUACGUCCAUCUCCAUUGGUGCUCAAGCGCUGGGACUUAUGGACCAUUUGGACGUAGGACCUGGCGCAAAUCUUUGCCAACAUCUGCCCAACUUUCAUGUCUUCAAUGUUACUUUGACUCUUGCAUUCUGGCUGGCUGGUGCUACUGUCAGCUUUCCAAGCCCUUCUUUCAACACACAGAGCAGUGUGCAACUGAUCAGAUCCUACCCAGGAGUCUCAGUUCCCUGUGUCCCGGCGAUGGUACAUGCUUUAUCGAACUGUGUAUCUCCUGAGCACAGCUCCCGCCUUUCAUUUCAAAUGUUUCUAGGUGGUGCUCCAGUGACAUUGGACGUUGUGAAACGCAGCAGGGAUCUGGGGGCGACGAGGGUUGUGGUAGGAUAUGGCAUGACCGAAGGCAUAGCCAUUCUCAAUACCUCCAUCGACACAACGUCCUUGGACCUGAUCAAUCGUGAUAUUUCUGUUGGGAAGAUAUUCUCCGGUGGGCGAGUCCGGAUCUGUGCUUUGGGAAGCCGCACCCCCAUCCACAAAGAAGAGAUUGGCGAGGUGCACCUCGGUGGUCUUCCGGUAUUUGGCGGCUAUAUAGGCAGCAGCAGUGUCUCGUGUUAUCGUGAAAAUGGGGUGAGUUGGAUAGCCACAGGGGAUCAAGGGUAUAUGGAUGGCGAUGGCUACCUUUACCUCCUCGGCAGGUAUAAGGAUCUCAUCAUCCGCGGUGGUGAGAAUAUAUCCCCAUUGAAAAUAGAACGGUGCUUGGGCGAGGUUUCCGAGAUAACGGAAGCUUGUGUUAUUGGAAUCCCAGAUGCUACUGCUGGUGAAGUCCCUGUUGCUGUGAUCCGAAAGGAUCCUUCAACCCAAGCCCCGAAACAAAAAACUAUUCAGAUGAUGAUUUUGAAUAAAUUGGGGGCAUCCUUUGCUCCAGCACGCGUUCUUGAUCUUCUGGAAGAUCUUCGAAAGGAUACCUACCCAACUACAACCUCUGGCAAAAUCCAGAAAGCAAUGCUUCGUGAAUGGGUCAUAGAUCAUCUGAAUCAGGUCGCUGUCGAGAACCCAGUCUCUUUCAAUGAUCUUACAUCGGAGUUAACCAAAUUCUGGUCUGCCAUAACGGGUCUGGCGGUUGGAGAUAUCGAUCCCGAUGUGUCUAUACGAACCUUCGCCGACAGUAUGAUGCAAAUCCAGUUUUGCCACCUGAUAGGCCAAAAGCUGCAACUGGUAAUUAGGCAGAGUGAUUUAAUCAAGUUCAACACGAUUCAACAACAGGCCAAACUGCUGAAAGAAAGAAUGCAACUUCACGCCAAAGACUCUCGCUGCCAUGACAGUGCCCAUGGCCAUCCAAUACAGCUCGACAUGGAGCGGGCGAAACUCGUAGCCUCUUCCAAGUUGGACCCGCUUGGAUUUGGAUGGGAUGAUAUCCAAGAAGUCAUUCCAAUUUCUGACUGUCUGAAGCGAUCACACUGUGGAUUCAGGCCCAACUCGUGGAACAUCCGGGUGUCAUGGAUUUUGAACUCAUCAAUUACCAUCGCAGAUGUUCAGGCAGCCUUCCAUACAUGGCUCCAGCGUCAUCCAUUGCUACGGUGCACGCCUGUUACAUACGAUGAUGAACUAGAUCUAUACCUGGCCAUGCAUCCCAGUGCAGACUGGAUGAGACUACAAGUCAUUAAUGGCGGGACAGUUGAAGACGUGAAAUGCGUUGCAACAUACAAGCUGAAUGACCCCGAGUAUGACUACAUCGAUACAAAUGGGCCGUUGUUCAGGGCUACAACUCUUAGUGUGAACAAUCCGUCGGUUGUCGGAUUGGUUAUGCACUUACACCAUCUGAUGUUUGAUGCGCACAUCUUGUCUCGAUGGUUUGAAGACCUCAGGGAUCUUCUGAACCAUAAAGAGGAGCUUCUUAAUUUCCAUCCAUACCGUGAUUAUAUCACAGAUUACCAUAGUCACCGAACUGGUGCCACAUCGCAGAAAGCUGUCGACUUCCAUGUCGACAGGAUUCGGGGAGUGUCGUCUGCGACAGAUGCUUUAUGGCCACCGCAGAUUGCGCCACACUGGCUGAAAGGUGAUAAUCAGGGCUGGGUCCACAGUGACAACACCCCUGGUUGUUCCAGCGAGCGACCUCUUCUCGAUGGAGACAAAAGCUGUGGAACCAAAGGUAUCAGUCGUGCCGUGCUUGUGCCUAAAAUCCUGGAAUUGCAAUACAAGUUUGCAAUAACACCCCCAAUUAUUGCCAAAUGCGCCUGCGCAUUACUGAAUGUACGCAUGACUGGAGCCAAGGAGGCAAUAUUUGGAGUGAUUGAAUCAGGCAGGACCUGGCCAUCUGCGGAUGAGAGUCAACCAGAUGACAAGGAAAUGGAGAUAUUGGAAGUUGAUGGGCCUACAAUCACUCACAUCCUCAAUCGCACCAGAAUUACACCAGAGGAAACGGCAAUCCAGCUUCUGGCCAGGAUGACCAAGGACCAAGAUAAUGUUGUUUCUCAUAUCUACGCUCCGAUUAAUGAAAUAUGUCGAAAGCUGGAUGAUUCAGAUGAGAAGUCUUUUAUUGACAUCGUUCAUCGACAAAGCUUCAACUGGAUUAUGGGAGGGUAUAAGGAACACGCCUCAGAUCCAAUCAAGCGCAUUGAAGCCAUUGCUCGACCCGACCUCGGUCUCUCCUGGCUGCCGGCUCUUUUAGAGGGCAACAUGUUGAGGCUGACUGUCUCAUACGAUGAUGCGCAGUUGCGGGCAUCCGAGGUACACAAUAUUAUGACGGAGUUCCUGUGCGCUGUGGCCUGGCUUUCUGAUCCUGCUAAUAUGGAUAAGAAUGUGGCUCAGUGCGAGUUCCAAGGUCAGGAUAUCGUGGAUCUUGAUCGCGAGGGUCCAGGUCGCUAUCAUAAGUGA